GUCUCUAUUUUAUCAUUUAUUUAAUAUUUCACGUAAUGAGCAAUUAUAAAAUGGUAGAAUCUUCUCCUGCAGUUGAGUGAUACAACAUCUUGUAUGAUACAAACUAAAUUUAUACUUCUAUGUUAUGAUGGAUUGGAUUCAUGGAUUGGUUCAAAAGGAUUGAUGGAUUGGAUUGAUGGAUUCAAGUGAAAUCCUCGCAUUGGACCAAUAUGUAAAUUUAAAAAAUUGUAUGUACCAAAAUCUCAUAAAAUCUAAUUACAAAAACAUAAUUAUUCAAUGAUUUUACAUUAAAAUUAAAUUUGGGGAUCAAAAUGUAAAAUAUUAAAGAGACCAAUUUGUAAUUUGUUAGACAACGACACAUCCACAGCCACAGACUUCUUGAUGAAGUCAUACAAAGCCACCAUGUCCUUCAAGGGAUCAAAUCCUUUCCUCUCGGCGAACUCGAUCAGCCCAUUCAACACCGCGAUAUCGUUGUUCUCACCCCAUAACCACUGGAAGAGCACUCUUGGCAUAUUUUCCUUCUUACCAUCGCCGUCCAUGUCGAUUUCCGCCACCUCUUUCUGCCUCUUGGCGUCCUUUGCUUCCCUUUCAGUUUCACUCGCCCUUUUUGUCGUCGGCGUAGAUUUUGAGGAAGAGGCAGGAACCGAAUGCACUUGAGCUUUAGGCUGGGGCUUGGAAGCGAUGAGCAGAACGCCAGAGCUCUUCGGUGGCAGAUCAGAGUCGGAAUCCGUGUCGGAAACGUGCUUGGAGUCGGAAUCGAAGCUUGGAACCGCUGGCUACUUCAGUUGACAGGGCGCCUGAGGCGGCAGUUCUUCGUCAUUGGUGGAGGAAGUAUCAUCAUCUUCCUCAGAAGAAGCAGGAGAUGGAGGGUCUUCCUUCAGAUUCGGCCGUUUGGUAGCCAUGCGAGGUUCCGUAGUGGUUGCUAGGGCUCGCAGAUUAGGGGAUUAAUUUAGGAGAAUUCGGCUUCCGGCUGAAACAAUGGGCCGGGAUAAUAUAUAGGGAUGAUAUGGUAAUAUAAGAUGCCUAAAGUU